CGUCCCCAAGGCGCCUCUCUCAACGUCCACGCGUCACCUCCAUCAAGGUCAUCCAUCAUCUGACCCGCAGGAUACACACGUUUACCCUAUCCCUCAGCUCUAGAAGCUAAAUCAAUCUCCCUACUUCCCGUACCAAGCACCUACGAAAUCCAUGCCUUCAUUACUGAUCUCCACCAUUACCCUUUCCGCGUUCCAAAAAAUCCUGUCGAGGUAUCCCGCUUCAGUGCCGGAAACAUUGCGCGAGUUGGACGAUGCGCGAUACGAGACCAUUCCGGCGACUUUGGCCAAGAGGAGAGAGGAAGUAGAGGGGAAGGGGGAGGUAGGCUUGAGGAAGGACGAGGUGCUGAGGUUGGUUGAGUGGAAAUUAAAACACGGCACCUUCCGGUCCAAACUCCUCCAACUCGUUCAGUCGAAUCCCGCAGCCCAGAUAGAACAGACGACAAAAGACGCCUUUUCUCUCUUCACAGACGCCAAAAAGGAUGCCGCUCCCGGUCCCGACCUUGAUCCCGAUCCCGAUCCCGAUCCCAAAGCCAUCCUAGCCGCACUCAAGAUCCUCACGGGCCUACGCGGCAUCGGCCCCGCAACCGCAUCGCUCUUACUAUCCGUGUAUGCGCCGGGGAAAGUACCGUUUUUCUCCGACGAGCUGUUUAGGUGGGCGAUGUGGGCGAUGUGGGCUGAAGCUGGAACGGGGACGGGUAAGGCGCAGGGAUGGAAACGUGUGAUUAAGUAUAAUGUCAGAGAAUACGAGGCCCUGGUUGCAGGAGUGGGGGAGUUGAGAGGGAGGUUGGGGGUGAGUGCUGUUGAGGCGGAGAAAGUGGCGUGGGUGCUUGGACGGGAGGGCGUGGAUGUUGGAGGGGAUUUCGGUGACGAGGGGAGGGACCUAGGGACGAGGGAUGGGGGAGAGGAGAGGAGGGAGGGAGGGGAUGUGGAACUCGAGGGGAAAGAGGAAGAUGUCAGAGCUAGGGGUGGCGAUGGUGGUGGGAGGGUGGGUAAGAGAAAAGCUGAGGAGACGAAAGCCGCAGGAUUGAUUGGCGUGAAGAGGAAGAAGAGGGAGGCGGAGAGUGGGAAAGCUAGAGCAGAUGCAUCGCCUCAAGGGCUGAGGAGGAGCAGUCGCCGAAAGACGGAUAAGUAACUGGGCUUCAACAAUUUUAUGUCUGAACUACGACUACGAAACGUCAUGAUGUACGUUAAGACUGCGCACAGCCAAGCCAAUGCGAAAAGAACUAAAAACAAGAGGUCGAAUCCGGACCCCUGAAACCCAACUGUAAGGGACCGUCGGCCCUCGCG